GUUUGACCAAUCACCAGCCGGCUCUGGUCGACCAUUGAUGAUGCAUUUCAACAUGCCUGAAAGCGGAGAAUGUUGAGGCUUUUCUUCAGAGUAUUUACGUCUUUACAAACUGAAAGGAACCUAAAGGCUGCCGCUGUGCACCGGAACUUCUGCUCUGCUGCCUCACUGCCAGCCUCAGUUUGUUCUGGCUUUGCUGUGAAGACCAUAAUGGAGCCUAAACUGUACCGACCCCCUCCAGAGGUCCGGGGUAUGACCUCUCUGGACAAAGAGGCCUUCACACAGACCAUUACUGUUCCAGCUCUACGGGUGCCCACUGGGGUCUUAAACAAAGUGGUAAAGAGCCUAAGAAAGGCGACCAUCCAGCGCCCAGGGGUGCCCAGAGUGGUGCAAGAUAAAGAGGAGAGCAGUGACUUUCGUUUAGUCCUGUUGGACCCCCACAGAGGGUCCUCACCUAGCUUCUUCAGUGAAGCUGAAGCCGACGCUCUGAGGUCCUUCAGUGUCGCUGAGGAGCUUCAGUACUAUGAGCUGCGGCUCACCUAUCACAACCUGAAGAGUGAAGAAGUGUUGGAGGCUGUGCUCCCUCAGGGCCAGGACGUGACCUCUGGAUUCAGCCGGGUGGGACACAUCGCACACAUGAACCUGAGGGACCACCAGCUCCCAUACAAGAACCUCAUAGGUCAAGUCAUCAUGGACAAAAACCCUGGUGUUACUUGUGUGGUCAAUAAGACAAACACGAUUGACUCUACUUACCGUAACUUCAAGAUGGAGGUGCUGGCCGGAGAGGAGAACAUGGUCGCCAAAGUGAAAGAAAACGGGGUGACGUACGAAUUUGAUUUUUCUCGUGUAUACUGGAAUCCCCGGCUGAGCACAGAGCACCAGCGUGUGGUGCAGCUUGUGAAACGUGGUGACACUGUGUUUGAUGUGUUUGCUGGUGUUGGACCCUUCGCCAUCCCGGCUGCCCGCUCGGGGGCCAACGUAUUGGCCAACGAUCUCAACCCAGAGUCCCACCGAUGGCUGCAGCACAACUGCAAACUCAACAAGGUGGAGAAGAAAGUCAGAACCUUUAACUUGGAUGGCAGAGCGUUCAUCCAGGGGCCUGUGAAGCAGGAGCUGCCUGUGCUGUUGAAGGGAAAAGCCAGUGUCCAUGUAGUGAUGAACCUGCCUGCCUUGGCUCUGGAGUUCCUGGAUGCAUUCCGAGGCCUGUUGCACCAGGAGACUUCCUGUGAUGAGAACCUACCCAUGGUGCACUGCUACGGCUUCUCUAAAGAUGACAACCCUGAGACGGAUGUGGUGGAGAGGGCUUCCCGCUGCCUCGGGUUCCCCCUGAAGGAGCAAUGUUCUGUGCAUUUUGUGCGUAAUGUAGCACCCAACAAAGAUAUGAUGUGUGUGAGUUUCACACUCCCUAAAGAGGUCCUCUUCAGCGCUGAUUAUGAACAGACAGAACCUUCAGUAGAACCAGCUCCAAAGAGACAGAAGUGUGAAGAAGCUACAGAUUCAACGUAAUCAUAUCAACCCGCCUCUAUAAGGAUUUGAGAAUUUGGAGGGGUUCUUUUUUUUUUUUUUUUUUUUACAAACUGAGUUUAACUGAUGAUUUUUUUUUUUUAUGACAUAAUAAAUUAUAACCCAACUUUG